AUGAUCAUUUACAAGGACAUUAUCUCCGGCGACGAGAUGAUCUCGGACGCUUUCGAUAUGAAGGAGGUGGACGACAUUGUUUAUGAAGUGAACUGCACCAUGGUCACAAUCAAGAAGGGUGCCGAUGUUGAUAUCGGUGCCAACGCUUCUGCUGAGGAAGCUGCGGAUGAUCUUGAGGAAGGCAGUGAGACUGUCAACAAUGUUUGCCAUUCUUUCCGUCUCCAAUCAACUAGCUUUGACAAGAAGACCUACCUCACCCACCUUAAGACAUACAUGAAGACUGUCAAGGCCAAGCUCGUCGAGAAAGGCGCCCCUGCUGAGGAAGUUUCCUGUUUCGAGAAGGGUGCCCAGGCAUUUGCCAAGAAGAUUGUUGCCAACUUCAAGGACUACGAGUUCCUUAUUGGUGAGAGCAUGGACAUCAACGGAAUGGUCGCUCUUCUUAACUACCGAGAGGACGGAUCUACUCCUUUCAUUACUUUCUGGAAGCACGGAAUGGUGGAGGAGAAGGUUUAA